UAUGUCUUUAGAUCUUGAUGAAUGUGACCCUAAAAAUGCUGCUGAGGAAGACGAAGCACCUCAGUGCCAGCACUUCUGCCACAACUAUGUGGGUGGCUACUUCUGUUCUUGCCGGACUGGCUACCAGCUUCAGAGCGACCACCACUCCUGCAAAGUGGAGUGCAGCAGUGAGUUGUUCACAGAGGCGUCUGGGUACCUGAGCAGCCCUGAGUACCCCCACCCCUAUCCCGAAGACCUCCGGUGUAACUACAGCAUCCGUCUGCGAAAGGGCCUGUCUAUCAUCCUCAAGUUCUUGGAACCCUUUGAGAUUGAUGAUCACCAGCAAGUCCACUGUCCUUAUGACCAGCUCAAGAUCCAAGCACGAGGGAGAGAGAUUGGCGAAUUCUGUGGCAAGGAGUCACCUGGCAGGAUUGAAACCAACAGCCAUGAGGUGGACAUACUCUUCCUCACCGAUGAGUCAGGGUUCAGCCGUGGCUGGAAGAUCCACUACACCUCGGAGAAAAUACGGUGCCCACAGCCUGUCCCACGGGAUCAGUUCACCAUCAUCAGAGACCCGCAGCCUGUGUACCAGUUUCAGGACUAUUUUGUCGUCAGCUGCAAGACUGGGUAUAACCUGAUGGAGGGCAACCGAAAGCUGCUGUCCUUCACGGCUGUCUGCCAGGCCGAUGGGACAUGGCAUCAAUCCAUGCCCCGCUGUGAAAUUGUGAACUGUGGCAACCCUGCAGACCUGACCAACGGGGCGUUCAGCUAUGUUAACAGACUCAUGAACAACACCUACCAGUCAGUGAUCACAUACCGGUGCAAUGAGCCAUAUUAUCAAAUUGUCACCAGGACAGGCGGUGAAAGAUUCACCUGCUCUGCUGAGGGAACCUGGGUGGAUGAAGAUGGCCAGGUGAGGAUUCCUGCCUGCUUGCCAGUGUGCGGGAAGCCAGUCAAUCCCAUUUCUGAAGUCCAGCGGAUCCUGGGUGGCAAGUCAGCAAGGAGAGGCAAUUUCCCUUGGCAAGCUCUGACUGGCAUCGAUGGACGAGGGGGUGGCGCGCUCCUGGGCGAUCGCUGGAUCCUGACCGCUGCCCACACCAUCUUCCCCAAAGCGUCAGGAAGGGAGAACGUAAGCCUGGACCAGAAAGCAGAGAAGGCCAACAUAUUCCUUGGCCACACCAACGUGGAUGAGCUCCACAAGAUGGGCAACCACCCUGUGCGUAGGAUCUUUAUCCAUCCAGAUUACAACCCUGAAGAUGAGCACAACUUCAACGGGGACAUAGCGCUGCUGGAGCUGAAACACCCAGUAACGCUGGGCCCUACGGUACUGCCCAUCUGUCUCCCAGAUCCUACCAACACCACGUUCUACAUGGAUGGGCACGUGGGCUACGUGAGCGGCUUUGGUGUGGAUAAAAACUUUAUUUCAAACGAUUUGAAGUACGUGAGCCUACCGGCGAUUGCUCGAGAGAAGUGUCAGAGGUGGCUGGACAGUAAGAAGAGAGACACACCUAUGGUCUUCUCUGAGAACAUGUUCUGUGCUGGCUUCCUCACAGUCAAACAGGAUACCUGCCAGGGGGACAGCGGGAGCGUCUUCACGGUGUUGGACAGAGAAAGCGGUCGCUGGGUGGCUACUGGUAUUGUUUCUUGGGGUAUCGGCUGUGCCGAAGGUUAUGGCUUCUACACCAAGAUCCUCAACUAUUUGGACUGGAUCAAAGGGAUAGUAAGGGAGGACGGGCUCUAA